CUUGAACUCAGCUAGCGAACACACGAUGUCUGGAAGAGGUAAAGGCGGCAAGGGACUCGGAAAAGGAGGCGCCAAGCGUCACCGUAAGGUUCUCCGCGAUAACAUCCAGGGAAUCACCAAGCCCGCCAUUCGCCGUCUGGCUCGCCGUGGCGGCGUGAAGCGUAUCUCCGGCCUGAUCUACGAGGAGACCCGCGGUGUCCUGAAGGUGUUCCUCGAGAACGUGAUCGCUAUGUUCAGUGCAGGCUUGAGCGUAAGCAGUCAGUGUCCACGAGGAACUUUAUUCUGCACCAAGGCCGUGACCAAGUACACCAGCAUCACCUCCAAGUAA